CGAUAUUCCUAAAAUGAUGCUUUAUAAAUUAGUUGUUCUUGGUGAUGGUGGUGUAGGAAAGACCGCUUUGACUAUCCAGUUGUGUCUUAAUCACUUUGUUGAGACUUAUGAUCCCACUAUUGAAGAUUCUUACCGUAAACAAGUAGUGAUUGAUGAUCAACCAUGCGUACUCGAAGUAUUGGAUACAGCUGGACAAGAAGAAUAUACCGCCUUGAGAGAUCAAUGGAUCAGAGAUGGUGAAGGAUUUUUAUUGGUAUACUCGAUUGCCUCUCGCUCAACAUUUGAACGUAUCGAACGUUUCCGUAACCAGAUUUUCAGAGUCAAGGAUCUUGAUAAUGUACCAAUGAUGCUAGUCGGCAACAAGUGUGAUAAAGUAACCGAGAGAGAAGUGACACGAGAAGAAGGCUCAGCUAUGGCAAAGCAAUUGGCCUGUGACUUUAUUGAGACUUCAGCAAAGACCUGUGUUAAUGUCGAAAGAUCUUUCUAUCAAGUUGUCAAGGCUAUCAGAGCUCAACGUGAAGGUUUAAAACCUGGAGGACCCAAAGGAAAGAGCAAGAAAGAAAAGAAGAGCAAAUGUUUAAUCUUGUAAAACAUGUAAAAUUAUAUUAUCCCAAACCUUACUUAUUAACUAUUCCAAACCUUUUUUUUUUUUUUUUUU